AUGAUUAAUCAAUUAUUUUUAUUUUUAAAUUUUUAUUUAUAUUUAUUAGAUUUUAUAUUGAAAUAUUAAUCUAAAAAAUCUUUAUAAAGUAAUUUUGUUGAAUAUUUAAUUAAAUAAGAAAACUUUUUGCUUAAAAAAGUACUCAAAUACCUUCAUUUGUAAAUAUUUGAUACUAAAACUAGUCUAAGAAAAUAAUGA